AUGGCCGCCACGCCACAGCACACAUGCGACGGCUUCAACCCAUUCCACCACGAGCGGGGAACGCCCAACUCCUCUCGCCUUUGGGAAAAUAGGGAUGCAACUCAUGAGCCGUCACAGUGGCUGAAAAGACGUUCGGAUAGUAUGGCGGGCAGGACGGUCAGCGACGGUGACGUGCGUUUCGGCGUGACCGGGGUUCUCGUCGGCCCCAGUUCUAGAUAUCUGCUCGAGUCAACGGUCCGAAGUGGUCGCUAUCGACUGUUUGGGAUGGAUUGGUUGUACCCCAAACAAUACCACAUACCACCAUCAUGGGCUUACGCCUUUAGGAUACCAUCCUGUGCUGAGAAAGGCAAGUCCGGGCCUAGUCGAGGUCCUCAUUGCGCUCACUAUAAGUACUCCGAACCUCCCGCUGAUUAUCGCCAGGACACUCCCCAGCACAUUAUACAUCCCCAGGACGACAUGCCCGACGAAUCUCCCCUCUCAUCGCUUGUGUCUAUCUUGUCCUCUAAUGUCAAGGUUUUGGAAGCCGCUUACGCUAAGCAGAACAAGUCGUACCCGUCGCUCGACGCGGACUUCGUAUCCGACCCCCUAGACGCGGACCCAGAACUCGGUAUGGCGAAGCGCCUCGUCGUCGCUGCAGCCGCCCAGAUCAUCGCCACCGUCCGUUCCCCUAUGGAGACCGUGCAAGAGUAUGGGACGUCAUCAUACGCCGUUGCGUCUCUAGGUCUGGCCGUCAAUAUCAACGUCGCAGACAUACUGAAGGAUUCGGGCGAAAAGGGAAUGCACGUUAAAGAGGUGGCUUCACGUACAAACGUAUCGCAUGAACACCUUGCUCGUCUUUUGCGCUACCUGGCUACCCGUCACGUGUUUAGGGAGGUGGCGCCGGAUGUAUUCUCCAAUAACCGCGUCUCUUCCGUGCUGGUUAAGAAAAACUCGAUCGAAGCCAUCAAGGCUGACCCGCUCUCAAUGUACGACGAGUCGAUGCCGGCAGCUAUCCUGGGUCACAUGUCCGAGGAGUGCAUGAGAGGUGCAGUCGAGCUGGCGUCGUGGGUGCAGGAUCCGAGCAAGCACGCGACCCCUUUCAACGCCGGUGUCGGUACCGACUUGGACGUGUUCCAGUGGUUCGAGACUCAGCCUUUGCGUGCCCGCCGCUUCCAUAGGAACAUAGGCGCUGCGGCCGAUUUGAUGUGGCCUCAUAGCGUCUUUCUCGACGGGUACGACUGGAACGAACUACAAAAGGAUGAUGUGGUGGUCGACGUCGGAGGAGGCGUUGGCAGCGUCUCGCUUACCGUGCUCGAGAAGCACCCGGACCUCCGUUUCGUCGUGCAGGAUCUGCCGAAGGUCAUCGAGAAGGAUGCACCCGACUAUUGGGCGGAUCACAUGCCUUCCGCCAUUGGCGAGGGCCGCGUCAAGCUGCAGACGAUCGACUUCUUCAAGUCUCAGCCGGUCAAGGGGGCUGCGGUCUACAUGAUGCGCGCCGUUCUGCACGAUUGGCCGUCAGAUAAAUGCCGAAAGAUUUUGAGCGUCAUACGCGAGUCCGCCGCGCCGUCAUCGAAGCUGGUCGUGUUCGACAUGAUGACGCCGUACGCUUGCGAGUACAACGGUCCGUUCGCGGAGGUCAUCAGCCCGUUUAAGCCCCCUGCCCCGCUUCUGGCGAACCUGGGCAUGGGCAUGGGCGCUGCUAUUACCUUCGUGGACAUACAGAUGAUGAAUUUAUUCGAUGGCCAAGAGAGAACCGUCGGGCAGUUUGUCGAGCUCGGCGAGGCCACGGGCUGGAAGCUCGACAAAGUCACGCCAGGUGCGAUGGCGACACUGGUCUUCACCACGGUGUAG